GUACAUGGGAAUAGGACUGUCAGCUCAAGGCGUCAACAUGAAUAGACUUCCUGGUUGGGACAAACAUUCUUAUGGUUACCAUGGUGAUGAUGGGCUUUCCUUCUGCUCCUCGGGGACUGGCCAGCCCUAUGGUCCUACGUUCACCACAGGAGAUGUGAUUGGCUGCUGUGUCAACCUCAUUAAUGGUACCUGUUUCUACACCAAGAAUGGCCACAGCCUUGGUAUAGCCUUCACAGACCUCCCGGCCAACCUCUACCCCACCGUAGGCCUGCAGACUCCUGGGGAGAUUGUGGACGCCAACUUUGGGCAGCAGCCCUUCCUGUUUGACAUUGAGGACUACAUGCGGGAGUGGCGUGCCAAGGUCCAGGGCACUGUCCAUUGCUUCCCCAUCAGUGCCCGGCUUGGCGAGUGGCAGGCGGUGCUGCAGAACAUGGUCUCAUCUUACCUGGUGCAUCAUGGAUAUUGUGCCACGGCUACAGCUUUUGCUCGAAUGACUGAAACCCCAAUUCAGGAAGAACAGGCAUCCAUAAAGAACAGACAAAAGAUCCAGAAGCUGGUGCUGGAGGGCCGGGUAGGAGAGGCUAUUGAGACCACCCAGCGCUUCUAUCCAGGGCUGCUGGAGCAUAACCCCAACCUGCUCUUCAUGCUCAAGUGCCGCCAAUUUGUGGAGAUGGUGAAUGGGACCGACAGUGAGGUCCGCAGCUUGAGCUCCCGAAGCCCUAAGUCCCAGGACAGCUACCCUGGCACCCCCAGCCUCAGCCCCCGCCAAGGCCCCAGUAGUCCCCACACACACAACACAGGAGCAGAGAGUCCCAGCUGUAGCAACGGUGUCGCAUCUGCCAAGAGCAAACAGAACCACAGUAAAUACCCUGCACCCAGCUCCUCCUCCUCGUCCUCAUCCUCCUCGUCCUCCUCCUCCCCAUCCUCCAUCAAUUACUCCGAGUCCAACUCAACAGACUCUACCAAGUCCCAGCCCCACAGCAGUACCAGUAACCAGGAGACCAGCGACAGUGAGAUGGAGAUGGAGGCAGAGCAUUACCCCAAUGGUGUGCUGGAAAGUGUGUCUACCCGCAUUGUGAAUGGCUCCUACAAGCAUGAGGACCUGCAGACGGACGAGUCCAGCAUGGAUGAUGGGCAUCCUCGGCAGCAGCUCUAGGCCGCCACAGAAAGGAUCAUCCUGUUUGGCCGCGAGUUGCAGGCACUGAGUGAGCAGCUGGGCCGCGAGUACGGCAAGAACCUGGCCCAUACGGAGAUGCUGCAGGAUGCCUUCAGCUUGCUGGCGUACUCAGACCCGUGGAGCUGCCCCGUUGGACAGCAACUUGACCCCAUUCAGAGGGAACCUGUAUGCGCUGCCCUCAACAGCGCCAUUUUAGAGUCUCAGAACCUGCCAAAGCAGCCCCCUCUGAUGCUCGCCCUGGGCCAGGCAUCCGAAUGUCUACGACUCAUGGCCCGAGCAGGCCUGGGGUCUUGCUCCUUUGCCAGAGUCGACGACUACUUGCACUAGCUGACUGUGCUGGCUGGCCCACCCAGCCCUUCCUCAGCCCCAGGGCUGGAGCAGCCCUGUCCUCCGUAGGCACCUGGCGCAGGGACCUGGAAGCCACGGGCAGAGUCCACUCCUCCUACCUGGCCUUUCCCUUCUUUUCCUUCCUUCCUUCUCUCCUUUCCUUCCUUCUUCUCUCACCCUCUGUCUUUCUCCCCUUCCCGUGCAGCGGCCUAUGACACAGUAUUGGCUGGUUACUCUCAUAUAGCGCCUUCCACUUUGAAAGGGGGGGAUUUGUUUUGAGGAGGGGUUGGGGUUUUUUAAUCUUUUUUUUUUUUCCUCCUGACUGAGCCACCAGUAUUUAUCUCUGGAGAGUUUGUGCUGAGCUGGUUUCUGCUAAUUUAGUGAUGAAGCCUAUCCAAGUUGGUGAUAGCUUAUUAUUUUCAUAAGUAAAAACAAAUGAGAUUAUAUAUAAAUAUAUAUAUAUAAAUAUAUA